AUGGCAGCAGUUGAUGCAGUUGAUAUCACCCCUGAAAAGGAUGGUGGUGUUUUGAAGAAAAUAUUAGUGGAAGGAACAGGGGAACAUCACCCUUCAAAGGGUGAUAGUGUGUAUGUGCACUAUGUUAUCAAGGGGUGGGAUAUCGGUGUUGCAACGAUGAAGAAGGGCGAGAAAUGUGAUCUCAUUUGUCGGGCCGAUUAUGCCUAUGGCAAAAAUGGUAGCCCACCAAAGAUUCCUGGCGAUGCUACACUCAAAUUUGAAAUUGAAUUACUAAAUUGGCAAGGAGAAGACAUUUCACCAGACAGAGACGGUACAAUUACCCGAUCAAUUAUUGUGGAGGGUGAAAAAUAUUCAAGCCCCACCGAAGGUUCAACUGUCAAAGUAUGUGCCGUUGGUUCAUACAAUGGCCGAGUGUUCUACGAUAAAGAAGUCAGCUUCAUUUUGGGAGAGGGUUCUGAGGUUGGUUUGCCAGAGGGUGUUGAUCGCGCUCUUCGUCGAUUCAACAAAGGCGAAAAGUCCACAGUUCAUCUCAAAGGAAGCCGUUUCACGUUCGGCGCUACUCCGCCGCCAGAGUAUAAUUUACCGUCCCAUGCUGAAAUUGAUUUUACUUUAUUCCUCAAAGAAUAUGAGAAGAUAAAAGCGUCAUGGGAAUUAACUGGUGAAGAAAAGCUUGAUGCUGCGGAAGCUGCCAAAGAAAGGGGUACUAUGUUUUUCAGACAAGGCAAGAUGCGUCUUGCAGCUGCAAAGUAUAUGCGCGUUAUCGAACUGCUGGAAUAUGAAAAGCCCGUAGACAAUGAAGCCAAAAGCAGACGGGAUGCGCUGCUACUUGCUGGUUAUCUCAACAGCGCCCUCGUAUACGCGAAGCAGAAUGAAACAGUGGAAUGUAUAAAAAACUGUGACAAAGCGCUUGAAGUUGAUCCGAAGUGCGUGAAGGCACUCUAUCGAAAGGCUUUGGCACUCCAAGAGCAAAACGAUGCCGAUGAAGCAAUUAUUGAGUACAAAAAGGUGCUGCAAUACGAACCAGACAAUAAGGCAGCGGCGGCGCAAAUAGUGGCAUGUAAGAAAAAGUUGGCGGAGAUUCGUGAGAAAGAGAAAAAGCGAUACAAGGGAAUGUUCGAAAAAUUUUCUGCUAAAGAAAAGGUUCAGAUGAAUGAAGAUCUGGAGACACCAAUGGAAACCGCUAGUCCAAAAUCGGAAGUGGUGAAUUGA